AAACCGACCGAAAGCGUGUUUAGUGGAAUGGCUUCGAAAGCGGCCGAGGCAACCGAAGCAGCUUUCGAAGUUAGCAAACAAAGCGUCUCCCCAGUAACCGCCCGGUGGCAGACGAGGCUCCUGCCAUUCAGACCGCGGAGUCGCAGCGUCGCCCGGCCCCCGACUCCUCCUCCUUGCGUCUCUCCUCCCUUCGCUCCCGGCUCCCCAGCGGAUAUGAGCCACCAAUCCCAGCCACAAACAACCCUUCAAAUGAAAUAGUGAGGCGGCCCUCUAACGGGCGGCCCGGGUGCUGGCCGGCUCCCCGCGCCACAUCUGUCCCGCACUGGGCGCAGCAGCUGAUUCAUCUGCAGCCAGGCCCAGGAAGCAACUGCGCUCUCGGCAGUUGCAGUGCAGCGUCCGGGCGGGUGGCUUCUCCCCAGGACCCCGUUCCCCAGGAGCCGUUUUAGAUGUGUGUUGUCUUCUGUGUCGAGCAGUCAGCAAACCACAGAAGAAAAAAAUAUCGUAUUGUUGCAGCAUCUGGCAGUGAGAGUGAGGAUGAGGACAGUAUGGACAUUCCCUUGGACCUUUCUUCAUCCGCUGGCUCAAGCAAGAGAAGGAGAAGGGGCAACCUACCCAAGGAGUCUGUGCAGAUUCUUCGGGAUUGGCUGUAUGAGCACCGUUACAAUGCCUAUCCUUCCGAGCAAGAAAAAGCAUUGCUGUCCCAGCAAACACACCUGUCUACACUACAGGUCUGUAACUGGUUCAUCAACGCCCGCCGAAGGCUCCUCCCUGACAUGCUGAGAAAGGAUGGCAAAGAUCCAAAUCAGUUCACAAUUUCCCGCCGUGGAGCCAAGAUUUCUGAAACGAGCUCUGUGGAGUCUGUGAUGGGCAUCAAAAACUUCAUGCCAGCUCUAGAGGAGACCCCGUUUCAUUCCUGUACAGCUGGGCCAAACCCAACCCUAGGGAGGCCACUGUCUCCUAAGCCAUCAUCCCCGGGAUCAGUUUUGGCUCGUCCAUCAGUGAUCUGCCAUACCACUGUGACUGCGUUGAAAGAUGUCCCUUUCUCUCUCUGCCAGUCGGUUGGUGUGGGACAAAACACAGAUAUACAGCAGAUAGCGGCCAGCAACUUCACAGACACCUCUCUCAUGUACCCAGCGGACACAUGUAAAUCUGGACCAAGUACAAAUACACAGAGUGGUCUUUUCAACACUCCUCCCCCAACUCCACCGGACCUCAACCAGGACUUUAGCGGAUUUCAGCUUCUAGUGGAUGUUGCACUCAAACGGGCUGCAGAGAUGGAGCUUCAGGCAAAACUUACAGCUUAACCCAUUUUCAAGCAAAACCGUUCUCAGAAAUGUCAUGAUUGCCGGGGUGAUGGCAAGAGAUGAAUUGCAUUAUUUUAUAUAUUUUUUAUUAAUAUUUGCACAUGGGAUUGCUAAAACAGCUUCCUGUUACUGAGAUGUCUUCAAUGUAAUACAGUCAUUCCAAGAACUAUAAACUCAAAGCUACUGUAGAAACAAAGGGUUUUCUUUUUUAAAUGUUUCUUGGUAGAUUAUUCAUAAUGUGAGAGGUUCCCAAUAUCAUGUGAUUUUUUUUUUCCUUCCCUUCCCCGUUUUUGUUAUUUUUUCAGACUGUGCAAUACUUAGAGAACCUAUAGCAUCUUCUCAUUCCCAUGUGGAACAGGAUGCCCACAUACUGUCUAAAUAAUAAAUUUUCAAUUUUUUUUUCAAACAAGUAUGAAUCUAGUUGAUGCCUUUUUUUCAUGACAUAAUAAAGUAUUUUCUUUAAAAA